AGCAAGAACAAGGCUCCAGAAGACCUAAGCAGCCUUCCUGGGAAGAUGCAGCUGCUUCUGCUCCUGUUGGCCUUCUUUCUGCCACCCAUGGCAAAGGCAGGAGAGAUCAUUGGGGGACAAAAGGCCAAGCCCCACUCCCACCCCUACAUGGCCUAUCUUCAAAGGUUGGAUAAUGGUUUUUGGAAGAUGUGUGGUGGCUUCCUGAUACAAGAGGACUUUGUGAUGACAGCUGCUCACUGUUCAGGGAGCUCAAUAAAUGUCACCCUGGGUGCCCACAACAUCAAGGAACAGGAGAAGACUCAGGAGGUCAUCCCUGUGAAAAGAGCCAUCCGCCACCCAGACUAUCAGCACCUCACAAAUGACAUCAUGUUAUUGCAGCUGGAGAGAAAGGUCAAGCUGACUCCAGCUGUGCAGCUCCUCAGACUGCCCAGAAGCAAUUCCCAGGUGAAGCCAGGGACAGUGUGCAGUGUGGCCGGCUGGGGGCAGAUGACCCCAACAGGCAAACCUUCAGAUGAACUGCAGGAGGUGAAGCUGACAGUGCAAAAGGACCAGGAGUGCAAGACCCACUUUAGCAAAUACAACAAUACUUCUCAGAUGUGCGUGGGAGACCCAAAGAUAAGACAUGGUCCUUUUCAGGGGGAUUCCGGAGGCCCCCUGGUGUGCAACAAGGUAGCACAGGGCAUUGUCUCCUAUGCACGCAAUGAUGGGACAGCUCCACAAGUCUUCACCAAGGUCUCACAUUUCCUAAAAUGGAUAAAGAACACCAUGAACCACCGCUAA